AUCGCUAGUUCUAUCGAGUAUUGUCCAUCUCUAGAGAACACAUUUGUUUUACGCUCGCAUUUUUUUCGUUGCCUCCCGCGUUUUGCCGCUCGGUGUUUUGCACAAAGUGCAAUUACAUUGCAAAAAUGCUUAAUUUAACUGCAGACGACGCUGCAGUAACAAUCGAGAAGCUAGACCAAAGAUCUGCAACAUCGCCAACAACGGAACCACCACAAUGCCGUCUGUGUCACGCUCGGUCGGCAAUCGACACGGCGUCGCCCAAUAUAUAUGAGGUGACUGUAAAUUUUGGCCGGCAAGAUUCUGAAGAGAAUAGCGAUGAAAACGAGAAACACUUGAUUGUUGAUGUUUGCGAAAGUGUUUGGGGCGUUAAGUACGAUCGUCACGAGUUUCUACCCGAACUCAUCUGUCGACACUGUUUACAAAUGUUGAAGGAAUUGUAUCAGCAGCGUAAAGACAUGGAGCAGCGUGAAAGAGAAUUGUUGGAAGACCUGAGGAAUGUAGUCAAACUGGAUCCUAAAUACAGACCGGGGCUUAAUGGCAAUCCUGGUGUCUUUGAGCUAACCGAUGCCGAAGAAGGUUGUGUCGUCGUGGACGUCGAUCCCGAUCAAUUGUGCGAGACGAGCGACGAUGAAUUCUUGGGUUCCGAUGGCGACGCUGAUGGUGAGGAAGAGGAUUGGUACGAUGACGACGAGGAGGAAGCACAAAAUGAGGCAGACGAAGAUGCCGAUGUGGAGAUGCCACUCGGCAUGGAUGCAACACAAAUGGCACUAAUGCAGGCGCAUCAAACAGUCGAUGCUUUGGCCCAGGCGAAUGCGCAUCCCAAGAGCGCCUUCCUCUGCCAAUACUGUGAUCUGGCCUUUACACUGCAACCCGACUGUCAGCAACAUGAGCUGAGUGCUCAUGAUCCCUCCGUUCCUUAUUGCUGCAACUACUGCCAACUGCGUCUGGCAACGCGACCCGGUUUGAUAGCGCACAUCCGGGAACUGCACGAUGCUGAGCGUCCUUAUGUGUGUGCCCAUUGCAACAAGGGCUUUGUGCGUCGCUCGGACCUCAAAAAGCACACAAUUGUGCAUACAGGUGUACGUCCAUUCUCCUGCAACGUGUGCUCCAAGAGCUUCUCGCGCAACACCAACCUGACAAAGCAUCUGCGCAUUCACAGCAGCGUAAAGCCGUUUGUAUGCCAGAAGUGUCCGCGCUCGUUUCAAACGCCGUUGGAGCUAAUGAAGCACACACGCUCGCAUUCGGAAGUGAAACCGUUCCAGUGUGGACGCUGUGCGGCGUCGUUUACGCGGCGGGAUAAGUUGCUGAUGCAUCAGCAGGUGCACACGAAGCGGGAUGCCGAACAGCAGCAGCAGAAUGCUCGCUUACAGAUGAGCAUGGCACCAGAGCAGCUGCAGAUGCCAUUGCAUCCAUAUGUGGAGACUGAGCAGCAGCUGCCCUAUGCUUAUCAACAACAGUUGCAGGGACAGCAACAGCCACAGCAACUGCAGCCACAGCCAUUGCAGCCACAGUUGCAGCCUAAAUCGAGAUCUACACCAAAGUUAACGCGCAGUUUUCGUUGCGAUGUCUGCGACAAAGGUUUCCAACGUGAACGCGAUCUGCAGCGUCAUCGUGCUUUGCAUAUGGACACGCUGUUCGCUUGUAAGCUGUGUGGUCAAGGAUUCAAUCGCCGCGAGCAGCUGCAACGUCAUGAGCUGGAGGCACAUGGUCCCAGUUAUACGUGUUCCAUCUGUUGCAUCACUUUCCUGCAUCAAACGGAGCUGGAGACGCAUCUAAAGGUGCACGAGUUACAGCACAGCGUGGCCAAAAGCACACAGGAGGCGUUGCAAGCGGCAGCAACAGCAGCUGCCAUUGCGGAGCAGAGCCGAAUAGCUGUGCCACCAUCAGUAGCAGUAGCGCAAGCGGCGCCUGUUAUCAGCCAGGAGCCAGUGGCCAUGGUCAACAUGAAGCCCACGCAAGCCGAGCUGAAUUUCUAUAGCAACAUGAUACCCACGAUGAAAUUGGGAUUCUACAGCGAGACACGCCCCGAAGAGCGAAACGAGCUUUGAACGAUUAAUUCCAUGUCAAUUGCAGCAUCCCAAUCCUAUUUUAAUAUUUCCAUGUGAAAGGAUAGAUGUGUCAUGCUCCUGAUAUUAUGCUAAAUUUUGGAAAUUUAUUUUAUAUUGAAGUCAAUUCUCAUUUGCUUGGAGCAUUAUUAUUAUCAUUUGGUUAAAGUCUUUAAGAAGAACACCCUGUAAAUAAUUUAGAUAAGGAAAAAAUUGGAAUUUGUCAAGGUAUCUUAAAAAUUACUUUUUCUAUUCAAAAAGUAUGUUUAAUAUAAAAAAGUGAGACAAUCUAUUUUGCCAACUAAUGUUUGAAUUGCUGUAAAACAUUGU